CACACACACCAGCUGGCCUGUAUUUAUUAUUAAAGCCUAUAUAAGUUUAGCAUGUUUUUUUUGAUGAUGUGGUUAAUAAUAUAAAGUCUGUAACUUCUGAUUGUUCACUCAAACAAUGUUAUGGUCAAGUGGGAGAUUAGAUGGUGGGCGGGGCUUAAGUGGAAAGUCUAGCGGUUCGGUGACGUCACUGUGUCCUAUAGCCUAUAAAGCGGCGAUGGACGACGCUCGAACCGUAUGUGUGCGCGUGCAUAUGCCGAGUCGACAUGUCCCGGCUACUGAUCCCGGUGCUUCUGUGCGGCGUGUGCGUGUGUGCGCGCGCGGUGCAGCCGCGGGACUACGGAGUGAAGCUGUGCGGCAGAGAGUUUAUACGUGCCGUGAUCUUCACCUGCGGGGGGUCGCGGUGGAGAAGAGACACCGUGCUGGAGCUACCGGGACUGGAUCCGAACCCGCUCCUUUCUUACCAAAGCUCAUCAGAUGGCGAAGAGCAACUCAACUGGAUAAAAGACACUGAUGCAGCUCCUGACAAACUAUCCUCCAUUCUCUCCUCCUCAUCCUCCUCAUCCUCUCUCAGUGACCUCCUCCGGGCCACAGAAGCUCAGAGGAGCAUCAGAGAUGAGUCAAAACUGUCUGAGGAGGUGCAGAGAAGCUGGCUGGACUUGCUCUUUUCCUCCAGGCCACUAGGGGGUGAACACAUAAGGAGUUUAGACCUUGGCUGGCUUCGUGAGGGCCGGAGGAGGCGCAACUACUCCCUCGGCCUGGCAGGGCUCUGCUGCAAUCAGGGCUGCACCAAGAACGACAUCGGACGCCUGUGCUGAGGAUGGAGGGAUGAAGUAGACGAGUGCGGUCCCAAACCUUUUACACACAGACCUCUUAAUGCUGCUCCAGAAAUGUCCAGUUUGUAAAUAUUGUGUAUGAUGCAACAGUAUAAAUAAACAAAAUAAAAAUAAAUAAAUAUUAUUGUCAGAGAGCCAAAUGACUGACAUUCCAAGGUUUAUAAACAAUUUUGCCGAGUGAUGGACAAAUAUGGGUAAACGUGGGCGGAGCUUAAUAUCAAUUCAACCACCAAUCACAAAUCAGGAGGCUACAAAUCAACAGCCCCCCCCCACAACGAUACUACAAUCAUUUAAUUAAUAAAAUUAAUUAAUAUUUAUUAACAAGAUCUUUAGAGGGUCAGUUUCUCUCUCUCUCACACACACACACAAACAAGCUUCUAAAGACACAGACACACUUCUCUUGUUAUUUAUUCCCUCUUUUAAUAUCCAUUUUUCUUCCUGGGAAAAAAUACAGAUUCAUCAUAAUUUUGUAAAACACAACAUACUGUACAGAUUUAUCGUGUGGCUUUAUCAUGUACUAAAGGUUACAAAACGCAAAAUAAUGACGACGUGAAACAAAAUAUAAAAUACAGGAAUCGGUUUAAGUACGUAUAAAAAUCUAUCAGUAAAACACAGCCGUGUAAAAGUCUACACACAACCUGCUUUAGCAGAAAGUUUCAGUGCCAGAAGGACGACGUGCUGCUGUAGCUUUUCUUGUCCUUUUUUUUUCCCCCACGCAGAACUUUUCAGGAGUCAUGAGUCAGAAUCGAGUUCUUACGAGUCGUUCAUGAGCGAGAAGGUUUUCAGCUAUGAGAAGAACAAUCAAAACUCAAAGAGUCGAUUCUUUUUGGUGAACUGAGUCAAA